AUGGGGGUUGAUAAGACUUCCAAAGAUAAAAUGGUAACUAGCGUCAGAAAGGCAAAAAACUGUGAUCACAAGAAAGUUAUUUGUCGGGACGAUUUCAACAACAAGAAUAAGCACUUGACUCUACCAAAAAGAAUAUCCGAGAAAGGUGACUGUAGAAAGCAAUCCAAGGACAAUCUAUCAUCAAAACCCUCGAAUCAACCUAUAAUUAAACCAAAAAGAUCUAAGAGUAUGCCGUCGAAUGGUGCACGAAGAAACGGAUUCUUAAAUAAUGAAGAAGAAAGAGAAUUGUUUGCCAAGCAAAGAUCGGUUAUAUAUCGGUUGAAUGAAAUAAUGAGAAAAUCAGAAUUAGCCAAUUAUGAGGCGUUUAUGAACCUGAGUCAUACAGUUGACGAUACUAAUACUACAGGAUAA